AUGCUGCGUAUCAGUUUGCUCCAAUUGCUCUUUGUGACACUGCUCGCUCUGUCUGCGGUUUUCGCAGCAGAUGCAGUGGACUCGGAGGCUUCCCAACGUGAGUCUCUCCAGGAAGCACUUGCCGACAUCAACGCAGUCUCGCUUCAUGAUGCUCUGCAUGUUCUUUCCACCAAAUUCCGUCAUGGAAUCUUCCCGACUGACCUUCAUGCCGCCGAAGCUCUUCAAGCCGAGGAACCCGCUAUUGCGAGCCUCAUGAAGCUUGCCAAGCGCCAGAACAACGCCACUGCCAGUCCUGAGCCGUCUGAAACCGUUCCUCCUGUGACUUCGGCGAGCACUGAGCCUACUACUGAACCCAUCGCUGAACCCACCACUGAACCUACCACUGCGCCUACCACUGCGCCUACCACUGAACCCUCCACUGAACCCACCACUGAACCUACCGCUGCACCUACCACUGAACCAACUACCUCAGUUCCUGAGACCAGUGAGACCACCUCGGCAUCAAAGACUGAGCCAACUACCAGUGCUGAGUCGAGUGUUACUUCGGCCGACCCGACCACCUCUGCCAGCUCUGUCUCAGUCCCCAUCUCUACCACGGACGUGGUCACUACUCAGACUACUGCUGAGCAGACCACCCCCACAUCUGUGCCCUCGACUAGCCAGACCACCCAGGCCGCGACUACCACUGCUCCGUCGACUCUGUCGACGACCACGAGCACUUCGUCCAGCUCGUCGAAGUCUACUUCUAGUCGCUCAACUACUUCUGCUCAAACUACAGAGCCCACCAGCUUGAGCACUUCCACCUUCAAGAGCACCACCACCAUGGCUGAUGGCAGCCUGAGCACCAUCACCUCCUACACUGUCAUCACCCCGACGCCAACCGGCAAAGCUGCAGCCACCACUGUCGUUAAGCCCGGUCUGCAGACGGGUGCCGCCGCGUUGACUACUGGUAUGGCUCGUGAGGUUAUCGCCAUGGUUGGUGGUGCCGUCGCGGUCGCAAUGGCCCUCUAA